AUGUCAUCAGCCCGUGGUACCAUUGACGAGGUCCCUGAGACCCCGCAGCCAAAUGCAAUAGAGCGCCGAGAGGACGAUGCUUCUUAUUCGUCGCCAGAGAGCACCCAUGAAGCCGACUCGGAUUACCGCUCUGGAACCACCCCUGUGAAAAGUUCCCGCCCAAACAAGAAAAGGCAGCAUAGUGCGAGCAACGAACAAAGUGCCGGCUCAAGUGCCAAACAACCGGCUCGCCAAAGCAAGAAGCAGCAGGAUGCCCAGGCGAAGCGAGGCCAGCGCUCGGGUGUGGGAUCCGGCGAUGGUCAAUCACCUCCUAAACGGAUCAAGAUCAACACCGGCAAGAGCAUCGAUCGAAUUGCUGAAGAAAUCAACGGCGGAGUCAACAAGCUGGCUGAGGCCAUCAAAGACCAGAGGAAAGAGAUCGAAGACCAGAGGAAAGAGAUCGAAGCCUUGAAGAAUCCUGCCUCGAACCAUCUCGUUGCGCAGUUGAAUGAGGAAAUCCAGCAUCUGAAGAGUAAAAACCAAGAACUACAGAUCCAAAAAGAUGGCCUCCAGGACCUUAUCCAGAGGAUAGGAGUAGACCACGAGCUUCUUUCUAUCCGACUUGACAAGCAACGAGACAAGUACCGAAAAGUCUGUGAUGAUGAGAUCUCACGACAAUGGUCACGAUUGGCAUUUAUAAUCCAGAGUACGUCUCUCCACUUGCUCGACACAACAGUACCCAAGGUGGCCAGCGCAGACGAGCCGUAUUUCAUGGCACUCAUCAGAGAGAACCCUCGCAAGGGGCACGUAUUUCUGCAGCGAUUCAUUUGGAAGAGACUCUAUAGAGCCAUAUUCCAAGGCACCGGCGGGAUUUGGUGUGGACACAUGUCAUCUGCUCUCAACGCCUGGCGAGUGGCUAUCACUGAGCAAUGUAUCAAAGACCCAGCCAAUGGCCAAACUUAUGCGUGGAUCAAGUCCGAGACAGCACAUGAGCUCUUCGAUAUUCUGGAGGUUGAUGUCGAGGCCAAAACCCGCCUUGCCGAUGAGAUUGCAUCUCAGCUUAUGCCCCUUGCUGCCGAAGGCAAGGAGGACUACUACAGGAGUGAGGUUCUGGGCUUUGUCGACAAGGCGAUUGAGCUCCAGACGAUCUUCAUGAGAUCCAAAGCUUUGUUCAUCGUGAGCUUCAAAGAUCCUGCUGGACUGACUGAGGAGGAGGCUUAUCAUUAUUUUGGGCCUGUGGCCCCAGGCGAUAAACUCUAUACGGUAACUCCGGUUCUGGCCAAAAUCGGGGACGCAGAUGGCCAUAAUGACAGCUAUGAUGGUCGAACUGUGGUUUGUGGGUCACGAGUUAUUGCGCUCUAG